AUGUGUACAGGUGGGUAAAGGGGGGGGAGGAGAGAGAGAGUGUGUGAGCAGGUAGAACACGCGAAACGCAUUCCUCUGCACACACAAACACACAAGCACAUCAGCGUAGAGUUGACGUAGAAUGGACGUGUUGCUACAAACAGUUGUCGGGUUACAGCGGCAAAUAGUUUCUUCGGCGAGCCCGUGAAGAGCAAGUCCGAUCGUAUUCAUCUACCCCGUUUGGCGACGACCUGCCACCAUGCAGGUGGGCGGCUUAACGCUGCGGAAACAGUGCGGCGAGAGGCUGUGUCCAGAAUACUACGUGUGUUCGGACCACGACUUGCAAUGUUACCCCUGUCUGUCCUAUUGUAACGAUACUUCGCACAAUUACGAUGCCAAAAUUUGCGAACUCCAGUGCCAAGAUUAUAUUCACGAUUACGUGCGUCACUAUGUCAAGGAAAAGGAUGUCCAAGAAGCCCUACAAGAGCUCGAGAGUCUCAAAACUCUUAUUAUAUUUAUGACUGUUUUGGUGGCCAUCGCCCUGAUCUUCAUAUCAAUCACGUUGGCGUUUAUAUGGAACCGAGAAAAGCGAAUAAGGAAAAUCAAGAGUAACGGACAAGAUUCAUUUUUCAAAAAGAAAUUGGCUUCUUUACAGUAUCUAAAAAAAAGAGACAAAGUGUCUACAGUGAGCGAAUCUAUUAGCGCCAAAAUGCAUUCCACCACGUCUCUAGCCAGUGCUGUCACCCAGACCGAUAUUAUUACACCGGUGUCUUCGGCCAGUAGUGGCCAAAGAACUAAUACUUCAUCGUCCAGCUGUUCGUCAAGCAAGUUACCCUGCGAAGACGCCACAUUGGAAUUUGCCGGCUACGAUAAUUUUGCACUGAAAACUUCUCCCGUCUUGGGCAAACCUGCGGAAUUGCAGUUCACGCCUUGAAGUUUCCUACUCCAAGUGUAGAAGUUACCUUGUAAGUUCGCUCAUCACAUUACCGACUGUAUAAUUAUAAUUAUAAUUUAAAAUUUUGCGUUAACUAGAAACGUGUUAAUCUCAUCGAAAGUAUACAUUGUGUACAUUAUAUACGUACCGUUUAACCAAAACAUCACAAUCUUGUUGUUUUUUGUUUUAACUAUUGUGUUUCAUAGUAUUAUAGUCUAUGAGUAAUAUUUAACUCUGUAUAAAAUCGAUUCUAGUAUUGUUUUUAUUAUACUAUUUAGUUAUAGUUUAUUCAAGUAAAUUCUUAUCCGACUGCGGCAAUUAUUUUGUACUUAAAAUACUAUUAUAGUUUUUCUUUUAUAUUUUACAAAUGUACCUUUGUAAAAUUUUAUAAGUACUGUUGAAUAUUGUUUUUAUAUUUUAUAAUUAAUUGUUUAGAUUUAGAAUAGGAGAUUUAUGAUGGAUAAAAAAACUUUUAUCAGUAAACCCCGUCCAAUAACUUUAAUUUGUUUGUAAGAUCUACGUGAUGUACCUGUCCAUUGCGAGCCACGAUAGAUUUACAAAUAUUUAGUGAUAAUGUAAAUAUACUUUCUCUGUUCAUAAUAUUAUUGUAAAUAAUAAACAUAAUAUAGUAUUUCAUUGAAAAGUAUUAAUUUAGAUAUCUACGCAGAAUUAUUACUGUAAUAAUAUUGUAAUUAGUAUCAACUAAGUAUAUUGAAAAAAAAUGAUGUGAAAUUAUUUUUCACCGCUAUGGUAGUAAAAUAAAAUUUUGUAGAAAGAAUAAUCAUUUAAGAUGCAUGUGUAUCAAAAGCAAUAAUUUGAUAUUGUUUAGAAGACAAUCUAUGUCAAACAAUGUAAUUGGAACAAUAAUUGUGCAAUAUUCAAAACUCAAUUAUUAUUAGAAUUAUUCAUGAUGUAAAAUAAGUCUAUGACAUUAAGAAGAUUUAAUGUGCAAUUUUUUUUUUUUUUUUUGAUAAAUACUAUGAAUUUUUUCUAUACUAAACUAUAAUAUUAAUUUAAAAACAUGUAAAAUCAAAAAUCCUUAAUGUAUCAAAAUUUAUAAAAUGACAAAAAUUUUGCAAUAAAUAAAUACAUACAAAAUUA